AGUUGGCGCUAAAUUCGAUCGUCGAGGUAUCGAUCGGUCAAGAGGUUAACACGGUCGGUACGAUGGAUAUUACGUCGGUCGAGAUGGCGUGCGCGUAGCUCGACGAAGUGACGUCAGAGAAGGCAAAGUCGAAGCGGAGCCGAGUCGAGCCGAGUAAAGCCGAGUCGAGGCGAACGAAGUCGAGUCGAGCCGUGGGGGAACGACGGUAGACGACGAAGGCCGCGUCGAAGCGUCGCGAGCGUUCCUAGCGGCAGUUCUCGGAAAUACGUUCACUCGAUAGGAGGAGGACGAUCAUCGUCGUCCGGCGGUGCACGGACGAGCUACGAUAGCAAUAUGGCGAAGUGUGUCAUGGGCUCGGUGAGACGUAGUGCCGUUUGAAAGAUGAAAGGUUCGCGGUAUGGGUUGAAGAUAAUCUAGCGUUAUGAGGUUCCUGUGAAAAAUUCUAAAUUGUGCGCGGGUUAGCUGAAACGAGCCGUUCCUCGUGAUCAGUUUAUACGGUGUGCGCGUUGUUACCGGUGUGAAAACACUACCACACAUACACACACACGACACACACAUACAGACAGACAGACAUAUACACGUACAUACACAAGCAGCAGCAGACAGCGCGCGACACUGCACGCACCACACAUACAUACAUACGUACAUCAUACAUAUAUACAUAUAACAUAUACACGAAAUGGCCACGGAUAAGAUAAAGGUCGCCGUUCGGGUCCGGCCGUUUAAUCGAAGAGAGCUAGAACUCGGUACACAAUGCGUCGUGGAAAUGUCCGCACAGCAAACCAUCUUGCAGCAUCCGACAACGAUGGACAAGAUCGAUCGGAACAAGCCGAAGACAUUCGCGUUCGAUCACUGCUUUUAUUCCCUGGAACCCGGUUCGGAGAAGUUCGCAAGUCAAGAAAUAGUUUUCGACGCUCUUGGACGCGAUAUUUUGGACAAUGCGUUUCAAGGCUACAAUGCUUGCAUUUUCGCUUACGGACAAACUGGAUCUGGGAAAUCUUACACCAUGAUGGGGAGCGGUGAUCAAAAGGGAAUAAUACCACGGCUAUGUGACAAUCUAUUCGACAUGAUAGCGAAGCAACAGAGUUCUCAGCUGACCUUCAAGGUCGAGGUAUCUUACAUGGAAAUUUACAACGAGAAAGUGCACGAUCUCCUCGAUCCGAAGCCGAAUAAGCACUCGCUCAAAGUCAGGGAGCACAAUGUACUUGGCCCCUACGUAGACGGAUUGAGUCAGCUCGCUGUAACAUCCUUUCAGGAUAUCGAUAAUUUAAUGGCGGAAGGCAACAAAUCGAGAACCGUAGCUGCGACGAAUAUGAACUCGGAAAGUUCACGUUCGCACGCAGUAUUCUCAGUGAUUCUCACGCAGACCCUGACAGAUUCGAAAAGUGGUGUCAGUGGUGAGAAAGUAUCACGAAUGAGUUUGGUAGAUUUGGCGGGAAGCGAAAGGGCUGUGAAAACUGGAGCGGUAGGCGAUAGGCUUAAAGAGGGAAGCAAUAUUAACAAAUCUCUCACGACAUUGGGUCUAGUCAUUUCGAAGCUUGCGGAUCAGAAUUCUGGGGGCAAUAAAAAUAGAGACAAGUUUGUGCCUUACAGAGAUUCUGUUCUGACGUGGCUUUUGAAGGAUAAUCUCGGUGGUAAUAGUAAAACCGUUAUGGUUGCCACCAUAUCGCCUGCGGCAGACAAUUACGAGGAAACGUUGUCGACUCUGCGAUAUGCGGAUAGAGCGAAGAGAAUAGUCAAUCAUGCUGUAGUCAACGAAGAUCCAAAUGCAAGGAUCAUCCGAGAAUUGAGACAAGAGGUUGAGGCGUUGAAGGAAAUGUUGCUUCAUGCUACGGGACAGGGUUCAAUCGUCGGACAGCAACGCACAGAUAUUACCGAGAAAUUAUCGGAAUCAGAACGACUUAUGAAAGAGAUGUCACAAACUUGGGAAGAAAAGCUCGUUAAGACCGAGAGACUUCAACACGAGAGACAACAGGCAUUGGAGAAGAUGGGUAUCAGUGUCCAAGCAUCCGGCAUACAAGUUGAAAAGAACAAAUAUUAUUUGGUUAAUUUGAACGACGAUCCUAGCUUGAACGAGCUAUUGGUUUAUUAUCUUAAAGAAAGGACCCUAGUUGGUGGACGUUCGGCGAAAACGGAACAGGAUAUUCAAUUGCAUGGAUUGGGUAUAUUACCGGAACAUUGUGUUAUCACGAUCGAGGAGUCCGGUCUUUAUAUGACACCUUUGAACGGUGCCAGAUGUUUCGUUAAUGGGAAUCAGGUGGUCGACAAAACCCCAUUGUUACACGGCGACAGAAUCGUUUGGGGAAAUCAUCAUUUCUUCAGGGUUAAUUGUCCGAGAAGUGCUACCGCUAUUAACAGCGAACCGCAAACACCUGCACAGAACAUCGAUUAUACCUUUGCGAGGGAAGAACUCAUGCAAAACGAAUUGUCCAACGAUCCGAUUCAAAGAGCCAUUGCCAGAUUAGAGAAACAACACGAGGAGGAUAAGCAAGUUGCACUCGAGAAACAAAGGUUGGAAUACGAGCGACAGUUCCAACAAUUACGUAAUAUAUUAUCACCAUCGACACCUUACUCACCAUACGUACCAUACGACCCUUUGAGAGGCAGUCAAACCGGAAAACUUCCCGCUUGUACGCCUACCACGCAAAUGCGGGUUGAAAAGUGGGCCCAAGAAAGGGACGAAAUGUUCAAGAGAAGUUUGGGCCAGUUAAAGACCGACAUACUUAAGGCCAACGCUUUGGUUCAGGAAGCUAAUUUUCUUGCCGAAGAAAUGGGAAAGCAAACGAAAUUUAGCGUCACUUUGCAGAUCCCGCCGAAUAAUUUAAGUCCUAAUAGAAAGAGUGUAUUCUUCCAGCGUGGUGCAUUCGUCAGUGAACCAGCUAUAUUGGUAAAAAGGACUAACAUGAGUAGUCAAGUAUGGUCGAUGGAAAAAUUGGAGAACAAAUUGGUCGACAUGCGAGAGAUGUACGAGGAACGAAAAGAUCCUAAUAAUUGUCAACGAUUACCGGUCGUCAAGGACGAAGUAUUAGGAAAGACCCAAGAUCCAUUUUACGAGUCGCAAGAGAAGCACAAUUUGAUCGGCGUAGCGAAUAUAUUUUUAGAGGUACUGUUUCACGACGUACGGUUAGAUUAUCACACGCCUAUUAUCAGUCAACAAGGUGAAGUCGCUGGACGACUUCAAGUUGAGAUAAGUCGUAUCGCCGGACAAUUUCCUCAGGAUCGUAUUUGCGAGGCAGCAUCCGAAUCAUCGUCGGGUGAUUCAACGUCCUCCGAACCAGAUGAUUAUUCUGGCUCGAGUCAUAUCACUUGUCGUGUUACGAUAAAACAAGCGACAGGUUUACCACUGUCAUUGAGCCAUUUCGUAUUUUGUCAAUAUAUGUUUUGGGGUAAUCCAGAACUUAUAGUUGUACCGCCAGUAGUAAACGCUGAAUUACCAGCUUCAAAUUGUGCAACCGGACAAAGAGAUUCUCUUGCGUUCAGGUUCGAUCACACUGAAGAUUUCAAGGUACCGAUAACGGAAGAAUUUAUAGAACAUUGUGCCGAGGGUGCUUUGAGUAUAGAAGUUUGGGGUCACAGAAGCGCCGGCUUUUCCCGUAGCAAACCCGGAUGGGAAGUCGAACAACAACAAUUGGCCAAAGCUAGAUCGCUCGCAGAUCGUUGGUCAGAAUUAACGAGAAAGAUCGAAUUGUGGGUAGAGAUACAAGAACUCAACGAGCAAGGAGAAUAUUCACCCGUAGAAGUCGUUACGAAACAGGACACAUGGACAGGUGGAAUUUAUCAAUUGAGACAAGGCCAACAACGUCGUAUACAAGUCAGAGUGAAACCGGUACAAAAUUCCGGAACUUUACCGAUCAUUUGUCAAUCGAUAUUGAAUAUAGCGGUUGGAAGCGUUUCCGUAAGGAAUCGCCUUCAAAUACCUUUGGACAGUUAUCAGGAUGAAGAUUUGAGUAUAUUGAGAGAAAAGUGGAGCGACGCUUUAAUGAGGCGAAGACAAUAUCUUGAUCAACAGAUACAAAAGCUUAUAAACAAACAAGAAAAAACCGAACAAGAUGUUGAACGAGAACAGAGUCUCGUCGAUCAGUGGGUCAGUCUAACCGAGGAAAGAAAUGCAGUUUUAGUACCUGCGGCAGGAUCAGGUAUACCUGGUGCUCCGGCAGAUUGGAAUCCACCACCAGGAAUGGAACCGCACAUUCCUGUUCUGUUUCUUGAUCUCAAUGCCGAUGAUCUCUCGACUCAUCAAUCAGGAGAAGAAGUAUCGGUAACCGGAUUGAACUCGAUCUUACCCAAAGAACAUGGUAACAAAUUUUAUAAUUUACCGUUCAUUCGCCAUUUGGAAAAGGACGUGUGUGCUAUAGCAGCAUGGGAUUCUAGUAUACACGAUAGUGUACAUCUUAACAGAGUCACCGACGCCAACGAAAGGGUCUUCUUAAUAUUAAAAACGACCGUUCGCCUAUCUCAUCCAGCCCCGAUGGAUCUCGUAUUACGUAAAAGAUUGGCGCUAAAUAUAUAUAAGAGACAAAGUAUAACGGAUCGAAUAUUUCGAAAGAUCGUACGUACAGAUUGUUUGGCACAGACCGGUGUCACCUACGAGGUUGUAUCUAAUAUACCAAAAGCUAGCGAGGAAUUGGAGGAUCGUGAAAGUUUAGCACAGAUUGCAGCUAGCGGAGAGGACAAUAGUCUAUGCGAUGGUGAAACUUACAUCGAAAAAUAUACCAGAGGUGUCUCAGCCGUCGAAAGUAUCUUAACGUUGGAUCGAUUAAGGCAAAGUGUCGCCGUUAAGGAACUUUUACAAGCUCAAGGUCAACCGCUUAUGCGCAAGACAGCAAGCGUUCCAAACUUCUCGCAGGUACUACUGCCACUUCGCCGUCUCGGACGCACUAUAAUGAGGUUUGAUACUUCGAUGGAUUCGUUGAAUGUCACACGUUCAGAAAGCGUAACGGAUCUCAACACGGAAUUAAACGGUCUGCCACAUUCACGACGAGCAUCAACAGGUCAUGCGAGGAACGACGAAAACUUUGUAUCUGCACCACCGAAGACAUUUGGAAUCGGCUCCAUUCUGAACUCAGCGAGACCAACUUUCCUGAAUCUGAACCUGAAUCUCAACUCACUGACACGUCUGCAACAAUCCACCUCUGCCAAGUCAUCCCCAAAUAUGGUCGGUAGUAAACUGGGUCUACGUAUGACUACGUUACACGAGGAAACGUCUAACGUUGGAAAUCAAUUAGCAACCCCUAGUCAUGACGAUGAAGAAGAAAAAAGUGAUGCCGAUUAUUCUGAAUACGAUGCGUAUCAGGCACCAGCAAAACCAACAAAGCCGCUAACUUCAUCACGCACAUUGGAUUCACUUGCUGAGUUACAAUCAACCAAAAUCAACACACCAAGUAUGAGUAGCAGCGGUUACGGUUCCCAAGCUGUCUCGACGACUAAUUUAACGUCCGAAGAUUCGAUCUCUAUAAAAUCGAUAAGCGUCGACGAAACACCCGAUUUAGAAUACAGAAAUUUGUUGGAUAAUAAGAAAGCCGAGAAGAUGGAUAGUUCUCUUGUCGAGGAAACGCCGGAGGAAUACACAUGCGACGUGAACACCGCGAUGGAAAAUUUGAAUGUCACAGAAGAUCCUCGCGAGGCGAACGUUAGAAAGAAUCUUGAGGAAAUGGGUGCUUACACGGAUCCUGAUACCGAAAGUCCUGUUUCUUCAACGAAAGACGACAGCGAUGCAACUGGUAAUUCAACGGCAUUGAAUGUCGGUCAGAAAAAAGACAUACAAAAUCCGAUUUUAAUUGGUCGAAGAAAAAGUGACAUGGUUAUUAGUCAAACAUCGAAUUCGGGAGACGAGAGUCCUUUGGAGGGGUCCUCUGUUGUCCAUACGAAACUUCCACCAGGCAAGGUUGUACGAAGAAGAAAAGCUUCUAGUGGUACAGGAAGGCCUACUAGUUCUCAACACAGAGCUUCGUUCCCUAUGGUCCGUCCACAAGUAUCUGAAAGUAAAGCUGCAGCACGAUUGGAACAAACGAUGCAGCCUAAUAUGCCAUAUGAAAAUGGCGACAAUAGCUCAUCCGAAAGAAUCGAUGAUGACACAAGCGAUAAGAGCUCAGCGUUUGGCUCGAGACACGAUCUAACCAGAAUCGAAACCCCUUUACCAGAUUGGGUUGUCGUCGGUGAAUCUGUUCUAGUUCGUCCAUACAGUUAUUCGGGUGUUAUAGCAUACGUUGGCCCAACAGAGUUUGCGUCUGGUAUAUGGAUAGGGGUUGAGCUUGAUGCACCAACUGGUAAAAACGACGGUGCUGUUAAUGGCCAUAGGUACUUCAAUUGUCGGCCCAAGUGUGGAAUCUUUGUUAAAGUGGAUAAGUUAAUACAGGAUAGACGAGGAAGGGCACUUAGAAGUUAUAGUAAACAGGAACCUGCACCACCUCCAUCCGCACCAAUACGUAGAAGCGUAAGCAGAGGCGAAGGCUUACAUUACUUGCAUCGAAGUCGGAGCCGAGGAGAAGGUCUUUCAACGACGGGCACUCGUUUCUCACCCCGAAGCAAGUAAAUAAAUUAACACCGCUUCGUCGUAACUUCGUCUUAUAUAAACAUAAGCCACAUAAGUAAUAAUCCUAAAAAUUGCUACAUGCCUAUGAUAUGUGUAGCAGCAGCAGCAGCAGUGUUUCAGUCCCUUAGACAUUAGGGCAGCUAAUUAUUAAUUGAUUAUCGCGCGCGCGAUAAUAAUAUAAAUAUUAAUUGAAAUAUUAGGUCGUAUUAAUUAUUAAUGUGUAUCACACAAAGCAUGGGAUGUUUUUUGAUUCAGACAGAACGUGCUGGAUAAGCAUAGAGUAAUCUAAUUCGCAUUUCUGUAGAAUAUAGUGGAUUGGUACAUAUACAUACGUCGUAAUGUACCGAAAAAACACGUAAAAGAAAAAAAAAAAGAAAAACAAAAAAUCAGUGAAGACAUUUUUAAUAAGUUGUAUAAGCAUUCCACAAUUUAAUGUACUAUGACCGGGAUGAUAAGCCAUUUUAUUUCUUAUAUAUAUAUAUAUAUAUAUAUAUAUAUAUAUAUAUAUAUAUAUAUAUACACAUACACACACAUACAUAUAUACACACAAACACACACAAACGAGCAUAUAUGUGGGAGCAUUAUUAGUUUGGUAUUUAAUUGUACAUUUUUUGUUCUCUUUUUUCUCUCUUCUUUUUUUAGUUAAUCCAAAACAAUUUAUUUGAUAUAUAUAUAUAUAUAUAUGUGUGUGUGUGUGUGUUCUUUACUCUCCUUGACUCUCACCGUGCUGUCAAGGUGUGAUCACGAUUCGAAAAUGAAUAAAUAAAUAAAUAAAUAAAUAAGUAAAAAAGAAAAUAAAAAACACAUACGUUCCAUAGACGUAACACGAAGCAUUUGUUGUAUUCGCCGAGUGAGGACAUGCACCUGUUCGAUGAUAAUCACUUAUUCAUUGGGCAUACUUAUCAUAGACCACUGGUAAUUACACUUUCCAAAAUUACUGAUUAGUAAUUUAUUUAUUGGAAAAGUGUCCUCAGCGAUUUAAAUGCAUUAAGGAUCGCCCGAAAAUACUGAUUACAUAUAAACUGAUUAAUUAAGUUGUGUAGAUUAUUUAAAGAUUUUAUAUGUAUACAAUUGUUUCAUAUAUAUAUAUAUAUAUAUAUAUAUAUAUAUAUAUAUAUAUAUGUAUAUAUAUGUAUAUAUGUAUAUAUAUAUGCAUAUAUAUAUGUAUAUGUAUAUGUAUUAUUGUGUUGUACUUUUUUCCUCUUUUUUCUCUUUUUUUUAUAGCGCAAUCUAUUAAGUUCCUUUUUUUUAAUUGUAAAAUAUGUUUCUCUGUCCUCCCCCAACCUCCCUCCUUUUUUGUGUUAUUACGUGAUACAUGACACAUAACAUAAACACAUUUAAUUUAUGUAUUAUUACAUUUUCGGAGAUACACGCGUGUUUUACUGAUUCUUUGAAAUCCACACUGCCCUAUUGAAAUCGUCUUUUUUUCAAUCGAAAUAAUGAAGAAAGGGCAAAAUGUAUUUUGAAGGCGCAGCACGCAGAAAAGAAAAGAAAAAGAAAAAGAAAAAGAAAAAAAAGAAAAUAGGGUCGCAAUAUUAGAUCGAUAAGUUUUAGGCAUAGUAGGCUAUAAUAUAAAAUGAGCUUCUUUCAUUUCAUUGUGUAAUAUCGCGUAAAUAUUUUAAAUCGCAACUAUAGUCGCGAUAAAAGAACAAUGCGUUAUUAUUAUCGAGAGCUAAUUAAUUUACAAUUUUUUCAAUGUAAUUCCUCUAUGCGGAAAGGGUACAUACAUAUACCAUAGGUAUAUUUAAUCUUGUUUCAAAGAAAAAAAAAAAAAUACUUGUGUUACUUGCAUAAAGUAUGUGUGAUCUAUUUAUAUUUCUUUCGCAAAUAGAUACAAAAAAAAAAAGCUAAACCUAGUUGUGUAUAAGCUACAUACUACAACGUGUAUUUCUCUCUAAGACAAAAAAGAAAAAAAGAAAAUGAAAAAAAAAGAAAGAAAGAAAGAAAGAAAGAAAGAUAGAAAACUUUAAAAUUAACGUCGCGUGAGAGAAGUGUGUGAAAGAAGAACAAAAAAAUCAAACGAUUAUUAUAAAAAAAGUUACCGUAUUUUUUUGAUGCCACAGAAUACAUACACACAGAAACACACGCGUGUGCGUACGCGUAUACACACACGCAUACACACGAACGGACACACUACGUGUGGAGUGAGAAUAAUAUAAACGGGGAAAAACAAGACAAAACAAAACAAGACAAAAAGAAAAAAAAUGGCAAUUAACGAUUAAGAUUAAUCAUAUAAUAAUAAUUAAAAAUUAAAAAAAAGGAAAAGAUAUAAGAAGAAUUCGCCCAAAUUGCGUGAAAAAAGAAGAGGCGGUGGUGGUUGUUGUGGUGGAGGAAGAGAUGGAGAAAAAGGAUAAAGAAGAAACAAACAAAAAAGAAGAAAAAAAAGAAAACAAUUCCUGUCCAAUUAGAACAAUACUAUUAUUAUUAUUAUUAUUAAUAUUAUUAUUAUUAUUAUUAUUAUUAUUAUUAUUAUUAUUAUUAUUAUUAUCAAAUAACGAUCACAUUACUAUAUGUAAUAUUUAUUGAGAGUAUAAAUAAUAAACGUACGCAAAGGCGAAACGUUUUCUUAUCGCGACGGAUUAUAUAAUUCAUAAUCUUCUUAUCUUCUAUGGGAAUUAAAUUUAAAUUAUAUAUAUAUAUAUAUAUAUAUAUAUAUAUAUAUAUAUAUUUUAAUAUUAAACAAAUGUUUUCUAUAUCCAAGCGAGAGGUAAACGUUUCGAUCGCGCGGAACCUGUCCAUUUUUGGUAAUCGAGAUUUGUUAAAGAAGAUUAAACAAACAUAAACGAAGACUCACAUGUCACACAGCGGCGAUGCUACUACAUGCCCUCAACCUUCUUUACCUAACUUAGGGGCAUAACUUUAUUGAAAUAAUAAAAUUUUAAUUUAACGAACUGUUUUUUUUUCUUUUUUUUUUUUCUUUCUUUCUUUCUCUUUUUAUCGCUUUACGAAGAUACAAAACGAAGCUCGGUGUGUUUAUUUUAUUUAUUUAUAUAUACAUAUAUUUUUUAUCUUUUAAUUCAUCUUUCUUUUUUCUUUUUUUAUCUUUCGAUUCAUUCCACUCUAUCUUACAAUAUUUUUCUUCUCCUUCUAUUUUUUUUCUUUUUUGUCUCGUUUCGUGUUUAUACAUGAGUUUUAUAGAAGAAAAAAAUAAUAAUGAUAAGAUAAAAUAAAGUAAAAUAAAAUAAUGAGAAAAAGAACAAGCGCGAAGCAUCUAAGCAGGUUUUGACGGAGAGCUUACACAGCCUAUUCCAUCCCAUAAUAAGACAAUGUCCAUUUUUAUCUCGUUACGAUUAUUAAUAUUCUUAAUAUGAAUAUGAAUAUGAAUAUGAAUAUGAAUAUGAAUAUGAAUAUGAAUAUGAAUAUGAUCAUUCGCAACUAUACGUUUGUACCCUCUAUAAAACGAUUAACUAGAAAUAAUAUUUUCGACCAAAUUGUUGGUUUUUCCGAACGUCCCUGGAAGACCUCCGUAAUCGUCGAAACGUUACGUCGCGCAUACCGAUGAUCCUAAUAAAAGUCAAAACUAACAAACGAACGAAUGAAUGAACGAACGAAUAAAAUAAAUAAAUAAAUAAACAAACAAAUGGAAAAAGAAUAAGACGAAAAAAGGCUGGCUUUCUCACGCAUGCUAACGGUCUAAGUUCCCAGAAAGUCGCGCGCCAAGGGUCCACUUUUUUCAGAUUUAAUGUUACGACAAACAAACAAAAAAAGAAAAAAAAACCACGUUCUCACGAGCUCAUAUCGAUUUUUCCUAAACUCUGUGGCUGUGAAGAAGAACCGAUUCUAAUCUCUCUCUCUCUCUCUCUCUCUCUCUCUCUUUCUAUUUAUCUAUCUAUCUAUCUCCUUUUUUGUCGUUUGAACAUACUUUAUAAAAAUACAAAGUCGCGAGUUUAUUCUUUAUUCGGUUGUAACAAUCAUACAACGUAUAUAUUCGUCCCAUUAAUCAAAUUUUUCACCCACGCAAAUAGUAUUAUGUUACGUUUUAAAUGUUCAAGAUAUUUUUCAGAGUUGUUAAAAUAAUUUUUUGUUUCUUUUUCUUUUGAAAUCAAAAAAGCAAAAUAAAACGCAUCGCAAACUUGUAAAAAGAAAUAUGUGCGCUUUAUAUGGAACAAACUGUCGUAGAUUACAAGGCCGUGUUACGUUUGUAAUGGCUCACGAAUAUAUAAAAAAAUCGGGACGAAUAUAUGUUACAAUCAGAUAUAUCAGCCUUUAAAAAUGGACCUUCUUUUUUAUAUGCCUAAUAACGAGCUAAAUAAGUUAUCUUCACGCUUUAUCUCUCUCUCUCUCUCUCCUUCUCUAUCUAUAUAUAUACAUAUAUAUAUAUUUCUGGAAUAUCCUCGAAUAUCAAAUAUAUUAUAACAUUAUAACUUAAUUUUCUUUUUAUGUUAAAAAAAAAAAAAGAAAAAAACAAGAAGAAAGAAAAAGAUUUACACAUUAUAAACUUAUACUAUAUUUUAUAAGUAUAAGUGUACUUAUAUAACACUACCUAUAAGUUAUACUUUAGAAAUAUUAACCCUUCGGAGAUGAAUGAAAAUUAAUUUUUUGUGAGAAAAAAAAAGAAAAUACCAAUACAAACAUAUAAAGAAUUAUAAACAUAUGGUGUUACAGAAGGGUUAAUUCCUAUCAAUAAUUUAUAAAUAUCGAAUGAACAACUAUACGAAUCAUUCAAUCAUGAUACGUAAAAGAAAAAAAGUACAUGAAUGAAUGAAUGAACAAAUCAAUGAAUUGAAAAUCAUUAACAAAUUUAAGUAAAGAUAAUCAUAUUUCAUAAGAGAGAUCGAGAGAAUUUUUUAAGUAUCGCCGCACUUUGCGUUAUUCCUCCUCAAUGUCGUCAAUUACGAAAAUAAAUAUGACUAUUGAAGAAAAUAAAAUAUAUACUAUAUGUGUAAAUAUGUGUGUAUAUAUAUAUACACAUAUAUAUAUAUACACACACAUACAUACAUAUAUAAAAUGACUUAACACUUAAAUAUCUCAAAAACAAAUGCAUUUUUUAAUGCAAAAUUUGACAAACAAACCAGCAUUAUUUUUUUUCCGAUUCGAUGAACGUUUUCAAUAGCAAGAUUAUUUUUUCUUCUUUAUUUCCUUCUUUUUUUAUAAUGGAAACCUAUAAUUUUUGUCAAUGGACUCUUAUUUUAUGGAGAAUGGAGGACAAACAAUUUUUGGUUUGGAGAGACUCUUUUUGAAAAUGCUUCGUUUUUGAAAUAGAUAUUUACGUGUAUCAAUUUAAAAAACUCAACCUGUAUAUACAUAUAUAUUUAAAAAAAAAAAUGUACGAAAACGAUGCGCGAGAGGAAGUAACGUUCGACUUCGGAGCUCUUCCAAACGCUCGUCGCCGAGACUGUUCGAAGGAUCGUUCAUUGAUUUAAGGGAUAGAAAAAAAAAAGAAAAAGAAAUGACGGAAGGGUAAGAAAUAAAAAUGGGUGAAGAUUUAACUUAAACGUGUAUAUGUAUGACGUUAAGCAUCGAGAUCGGUGUGUUAUAUUUUAAUGUAUAAUGUAUAAAAAAAAAAAGAAAAAAGAAAGAAAAAAAAGAUAAUGGAGACGACGAAGUAUGAAAAGACACAUACAAAUCAUUAUUAUUAAUCCAUUCGUAUAUAUAUAUAUAUAUAUAUAUAUAUAUAUAUAUAUAUAUAUUUAUUUAUUUAUCUACUUAUACUCUUUUUAAGGACACGGUACCAUAUGAUACACGCAACAUACGACAUACUAUAUACACACAAUGAAUAAAUGAAAGAAAGAGAUAAGAAAAAGAGGAAAAGAGAAAAAGAAAAAAAAAAGAAGAAGAAUAGUAAUGCAAAUUUAUGCUUGCUCCAUGCGUUCUUUCCUCCUCAUCUCUCGUUCUUCACACAUACAUACGUACAUAAACAAACAUACUCAUAUAUAUAUAUAUACAUACAUAAACCCUAUUUACUUAUCGAACUUAACUUCUAUUUAUAUUACAUACUUAAUUAACUCAAAACUGACAUUACUCGUUUUUUUUUUCUUUUCUGUCGGAACGACAAAACGAUUUUUAAGUCUCGAGUCGAGUCGAGUUGCGGAUCUGUUUUUAAGGGUUGUUGUGUCAGCCCUGUUCGUUGUUUAUAUAUCUUAUAUGGAAUCCUCGAUACGAAUGAGAACGAACGAAUAUUCGUGUAUUGAAAUUAAAAAAAAAAUUAAUUAAUUAAAUAAUGCGAAAUAAGUUAAUAAAAAUAAUAACAAAAUUGGUACGAAAGAUAAAUAGCAAGAGUUCAUACGCUCGUCGUUACAAAUACGAUCGAGGAUUCGAGUUUAUAAGCAUGGAGAGAAGCUUCUUGUGCCGAAUACUAAGGAAGUAAAAAGAGAGAUAAUAACAAAAAAAAAAAAAGGAAAAAAAGAGAAAGAAAAAAAAUAAAUUAAAUAAAUUAAAUAAAGAAAUAAAGAAGGAAACGAGGAAACAAUUGAUAUUUAGAUUAUAAGAAUCUCUUCGGAAUUCUUUGUAGAUCAUUAGAACGCUGUGUCGUGUUUGAUCUGGUUGUAGGAAAUAGGAAAGCCUAUUUUUGCAUUGUGUCAUUAAAAAAGGCAAGUAAAGAAAAGAUAAAAGAAAAAAAAAAAAGAAGAAAAAAAGAAAAUACAAAUCGUAUUUAAAUGCCAAUUUCCCAUGUAUCGAGCUGUGAUGUAAACUCUCGUGAGAAAAGAAAAAAAAAAGAAAAGAAAAAAAAACAGAAAAAGCUCCGAACGAUAUUUCAUGAGACGAGAAAAACUACAUGGAACGUAUGUAUGUAUGUAUGUAUAUAUGUAUGUACGUACGUAGGUAUGUACGUAUGUAUGUAUAUAUGUAUGUAUGUAUGUAUGUAUGUACGUAUGUAUAAAACUUUGGCGAAUCGAUUCGAGAUCUAUAAUCAAUUCGCAAAUAUCGUUCUAACAUCGAAAACAGCGAGUAUCCUUCUGAGCGCAAUCGAUUUUGUCGAUUUCUUUAUAUUAAUUAUUAAUCAAUGAGAAUAUUUCACUUUUAUUUCGUUUCGAUUUUUCAAUUAAAUUAGAAUCCAAUAACAUUGUCGAUUUUAUAAUAUUGUAAAAUUCUUCACAAUUUUUUUUAAACGAAAAUUAUAUAUAUAUAUAUAUACCCAUAUAAACAAAAAAAUCAAAAAAGAAGAAGUAAAAAACCAUAUAUGUGGAUAAAAUAGAAAUCGUCAUGACUGACGAUUGCGUUCGGAAUGUAUAACAAACAGGAUGUCAGACAAGUGUUGUAUAAUAAAAAAUAAUCUAGAGGGAGUUGUGAAUGCAUUUAUGUUAGGCGGCACAUUUAAUUCGCAUCGUGUCUGUAGCGUAAGUUAAAAUUAAAGAAGAAAAAAAAAUAACGAGGGUUUGGGUGUCAGGAAUGGGUAAAAGAAUAAAAAAAAAAAAAAGAAAGAAAGAAAAGGAAAAAAAAAAUAAGAAAGAUAAUAAUAAGUAAAUGGUCCAGCGAGAAUUUCAAUUCAAAGUCCGUAGAUUUUAGAUAGCGAUUCGGGAUCGGCGUGUAGUAUUCUUGCCCACACGUUUUCACGAUAACGAGCAUUUACCCGAGACAGAAAAGGAUAGAGAGAAAAGAGGGAAAGAGAAUAAUCAAAAGUAAAUAAUUAAAAUGAAAACAAAGCGAGUUCAAAAACGGAAACAUAAAAAUUAAUAUGAUGAAGAUAUUCGUUGUAAAAAGGGUAAAUGCCCGUGUCUAAACUUCGCGGUUGAUCGAAAUCGAGUAACGUUUCGGAAUCAUUCGGAAUCUAUGGGAAAUAUUCAAAAGUUUAUUCGAUUGAGACAACGGAACGCAUUUUUAGAUUAUACACAUAUAGGAUGCAUGGAUGCAUAAAAAUGAAUACACGUAUACAUAUAUAAUAUACAAAAACUUAUAAAUAUCAGAGAGACAGAUGUGAACGUACGACAUAAAGACUUUUUUCAAAUUCUUUUCUUUUAUUUAUUUAUUUAUUUAUCUUUUUUUUCGAUCAAAUUAAAAAAAGCAUACAAAAAAUUGCAUGAUACAUGCAUGCAUGCAUGCAUGCAUGCAUGCAUGUAUGUAUGUAUGUAUGUAUGUAUGUAUGUAUCUAUCUAUUUAUGUAUCUCCUACUCGAGUUGACAAAAAAUCCUUCAUACAUAUUUUCCUUCGCAGCCAUUUUCACCAUUAUACUCUUUACACUUCUAACUGACUGUAGUCGAGAAGAAUGAGAAAUGAACGCGAAUGAUCAACAGAUUUGCAUAAAACCAACGCGCAUCAUCCUUCACGAACGUACGUACAUACACGUUCUUUACCCUGUCCUUUGCGUUUCAUUAUCGACAUACACACACAACACACACACACGCACGCACAAACACAAAAAUAUAAAUACAAAAGUAGAAAUACGUCUACUUCAUUCCCGUUUGUUAGACGAGCAAAGUAUUAAGAAAAAAAGGAGAAGAAAAAGACGAAGACACAGAGACAUAUGUAUGCACGCGUAUAGCGUAAAAAUAAAUAUAAUUAGAAAUAUAAUAUAUAUAUUUUUUUUCCAUAUAUUAUCUUCGUGGAAAAACUAAAAUCUUGUCAUUCUUAUUUUCUAGUGUUUUUUUUUUUCUUAUAUAUUAUGUAUCAUUAAAAAUCGUCUUCUUUUUGAUAUUCUUCUAAUCAUGUUUCUUUUUCUUUCAUUUUAUUCUCUCUCUUUCUCUCUUUCUCUUUCUCCCUCUCUCUCUCUCUCUCUUUCUCUUUCUUCCUCUCUCUCUCUCUCUCUCUCUCUCUCUCUCUCUCUCUCUCUCUCUCUCUCUUUCUCUCUGUUUCUGUCAUUGGGAAAAGAGAAACGUAAUUUUCAAAUAUGUCGUCUCUAAGGCCGUCUCUAAUGGGCUGACAAUAUUCGUAAACGAAUAUAUAUAUAUAUA